GUUUGAAAGCUCAAGGCAAUCCACAAUCAUGCACACGUGCUUCGAAUUAUUUCAAAUAUUUCGAAGUAUUUCCACUAUACUCUCACAAUCAGAUUCGUCCUAAACUUUAUCAAUAUAAUUGUGACAAUCGUCGUACGUCGCUAAUGUAAAAUUUACGUUCAAUGAAAUUUCUGAACGCUUUUGUAAACCAGGCUGAAUUUCGUUUCAAUGUCGGUUACGAAUUGCCUUAAAAUAAUUAUUACCUUUUUCAAUUUAAUAAAUCAACGAUGCGUAUUUAGACGAUUUAAAAGAUGACUCUUACAGGUGUUGCGCGCAGAUUGAAUAAUUUUUUAUUUCCUUUGCCGAGAUUGACGAAUCUGAUGAGAACGCGUCAUGCAGUCUCCUUGUUUUUUACCGUGUCACGUGAUUGACCCAAAAUAUUUAAUGGGUGCCAACUCAUCGAUGUGUUGCUGGAUUGUUGUAACGUCGAGCACUCUUUUCAUCGAGAUCGCUUAGCCGUAGUUCGAUGAAACAUUCUGAAAGAUGCGAGGUGUAAUAUACAUUUUCAUGACAUUGCUCGUACACGUAUACGGUAUCAGAUUUUACCUUGAACCGAACUCUGCCAAGUGCUUGAAAGAUGAGGUUCAAGCGAAUGUCGCAGUUGCCGGGGAAUAUGAAGUUUCUGUGACACCAGCUGUUAAGACCGAGUACAUUAUAAGGGAUUCUAAAGGCGAUAUUUUAGCCAAAAAAGAUGAUAUUGUUCAUGGAAAAAUGUCCAAGUUCUUAUUUCACACGGAGACAUACGAUACAUUUGAAAUUUGCUUCACGGCUCAUGCCAUACAACCAUCUUUUUCAGGCAAUUGGCGAAGCAGCAAAACUUAAACCUUCCGAAGUUGAAUUAAAACGUCUUGAAGAUCUCUCUGAGGCUAUAGUCCAAGACUUUGCUCGAAUGAGAAGAAACGAAGAAGAAAUGAGAGAUACAAAUGAAGCGACAAAUACACGAGUACUCUACUUCAGUAUAUUCUCCAUGUGUUGGCUUUUAGUUCUGUCAAUUUUGCAAAUCCUUUAUCUAAGACGUUUCUUCAAAGCGAAAAAGCUCAUAGAGUAAUUAGUAACAAAAAAAGAAAAAAAAUAAAACU